GUUUCAGCAUUUUCGACGUUGAAGCGAACGAUUGGGAUGCCGCGGAAAUUGCUGGAGGAGAGAAGUACCGGCAGUGCUACAAAAUGGCUUCGCGAAGAAGAAAAGAUUGAAAAAAAAAGUCGUGCAGAUCAACUCAAGAUCAAGUUCAUGCAGACUCGAGACAACAGUGAUAUCAACUCAAUAUUCUCAGAGCCACCUUCAGAAUUCUCCGUGUUAUGCGACGACGACGAUUGUGAUAAAGGCUCCGUUGUCUCUUCGACAUUGACCACAAGCAUACGCAAAACCUUCUCAUCCUUCCGCUUUGAUGAAAAUCAACGUAAAAAAGGAACUAGAAAACGAAGAAGCAGUGAAGUAGAUUCAAAAGAAAAAAGUUAAAGUGCGAUUUCAACUGGUUGGAAUGAUGUCGGAGAUGAUCGAAGUAAAGGUCGAAUUUGUCGUCGCAAAGUCCACAUCAUCUUGGCUCGGAACAUGCUUCGCAAAGAGAAUGAACUUUACAAAAAAGAUGCGGAAUACUGUCAAACUCCUCGAGCUGUCGCUGAUGGAUGCUCAUUUUCUACGUUACCGACAAUCUGAUGCUGCCAGAAACCACAGAAGUAACGAUUCGACCAAGUGGUUGCUAAUGUUGGAUCCAAGGAAUCGAGAAUAGAGACAAGGCUUACUCUAAGCCGAAAUAUUAAAUAAUAUUUAUGUUUUUCCCUUUUUUAAUUUAUUUUUUCAUUUUUCAUGUUCAAUAAACAAAAUUAUUUGGCAAU